CCCGACAGAGAGGAGUUUAGAUUUUCUGCUUCAGCCUCACAGACUGCCAGAGGUCAAAUCGCAUGGGCCUUGUGUUGACGCCGAGGCGUGGGCGAUCGUUCGUGAGCAAUGUCUGAAGAGAAAAAGUUCGCUGUUUUGUUGCCAAUAUCUAUUCAAAGAUGUGCAGAAGCUAAUGGAAUUGAUACGCUAGAGACAGAAAUUACCGAAGCCCUCGCUGAAGAUGCCAGUUAUCGAAUCAGAGAAAUCGUCAACAUUGCAGCUCAGUUUAUGAAACGAUCCCGACGAAAUCGUCUCCAGGUAAAAGAUGUUUCGAAAGCGUUGAAAAUUGCUAACAUUCCUCCUACUGUUGGAGAAGACCAUAGUCAAUCAGUAGAGUAUGAAUAUAUGGAGGAGGGUGAUAUCUAUUGCAUUAAAGAUGACGUCAUAAAUCUUGAAACUUCGAAAGUUGCUGGACAGGAGGAAAGUGAUGUGAUGAAUGUAGAAGAAAGUACUGCCAGUCCAGAAUUAUCAUCAAAAUGGUUUCUUCUUGAUGGCCAAACUUCACAGGAAAGCUCUUCAGAGUUACCUUCUGUGUUAAUGGAUUACUUCAAUUAUAUUGUGACUUGUAUUUUGGGGGAAGACAAAGAACUUCAACACGAGAGUUUAAGUGAUCUGCGGAAAAGCUCGAAAAUUUUUCCUCUUUUACCAUAUUUUGUAACCUUUAUAUCAAAUGUGAAAGCAGUCAGUCACGAUUUAGAGCAAUUAUCUAAUUUAUUGCAGACUGCUUCAGCUCUGGCAUCUAAUCCUUUCAUUAACCUUAUUGGCUAUUUAAAACCUUUAACGUCAUCUGUCCUUUAUUGUGUAUUAGAAUCUCUGACUGCUUCCAUCAACCCAUUAAAUGAUCAUUGGAAACUCAGGGAUUAUGGAGGCAGACUACUUGCUUUCAUUGUUCAGAAAUAUGGCUCUCAAAGUUCGGAGGUUGCAGAUUAUAUUACUGACUCUGUCAAAAGUGUUCUUCUUGAUCCUACAAAGCCGCUAUGUUCUCAUUAUGGUGCGGUUGUUACAAUUAACUCACUUGGAGUAUCUGCAAUUAAGACAUUGUUGUGCCCAAGUGUUUUGAAUUACUAUACAAACUCCUUGAAAAUUAUUGAAGAAAUAACAGACUCUAAUAAUUUGCAACUAAAAGAAGAUGCAUAUAAAGUUGUUGGUGUGAUCUUGCAAGCCAUAGAAAAAAUGAUAACAGACUUAAAGAACGGUCAUAGUCUCACAGGCGAAUUGUAUGGCAUUUGUGAAGCUUUAUUUUUGAUUUUUGGCGAUGCUCUUACUUCCAGGAUUCGAAUUAAUUUUCCACACAGAAAAGGCAUAAUACAUACUCAAAAUGUGUUUUAUAUCCAAUAAUUCCUUCAAAUCAUGUCAUCAGCUUUGCGGCACCUGAGUCGUACUCUGAUACGGUACAAUCAAAAUCAGUUUGGAAGCCUCGUGGCUACAAAUAGAAGAUUUUACAAUGAAGACAUUGCAGAAACAAAGCAAGCAUGGCCAGAACCGAUAAAUGAAGUUGUAUUGUGUGGAAUAGCAAGUCGUGACUACAGUGAACAUGAGUUGUUUAAAAUUGAAUUGAGCCAUAAAAUUACAAAUAAUAUCAGUCUCACUGGGAAAAAUCGAAAAGUUAUGGAUGAACUAAAAUCAAUCAAAGCUGGCAUGAGAGUGCGUGUUACAGGAGAACUUGAAGUUAGAAGAAGCGUCAAAGAAAAGUCGGGGAGAUUAUUCUCUGGAAAAAGUGAAAUUGUUCUAGCUGACUCUGUUGAAAUACUUGAAAACGAAAACUGCGACGAACAACACUCUGAAAACCAACAACAGAAAUCUGAUGAAAAACAUUCAGAAAACGAAGACCAAUCAGAAACUAUGUCACAUUAAAUAUUUCACCAUGUUGUCAUAGUGACAGCUUAUGUAAGUUUGGACUGGCAUGUACUUCUUGGCAACCUACAGGGUUGGGGAAAAAAUACAUUUCGUAAUUUGGACUUUUUCAUAUGGAUUGAAAUUUUCUAAAAUCAAGUUUUUUUAACACCAUAUUCAAUUUCCUCACAGCGGCACUAAAAAUUCAGAAUUUGAAGUUCAACAUUACCACAAAGGACUAACACUGAAUGAUUCGUCCAAAUUCGAUAAACAGACUUAUUUUAGGAAUCAUUGAUUAUCUUUAUUAAAAAAAGUUUUUGAUCUAUAAGAACAGAUAAAAACAUGCUGAAACAAUGCAGUUUUUCUAAAAGUUUAUUACUACACUUCCUCAGAAUAUGUUGAAAUAAUUUGCACAGUGUUUAUUUUUUGUAUGCCAUUAGUUGGGAAGAAAUUGUAUUUGAAGUGGUCAAAUGAUCACUGCUCAAACCCGAUCUUGUUCGACAACUGGAAACUGUUCCCUCUCCCCAGCCAUCAAAUAUGAAAAGUUUGGUCAUCUUUAUCUUAGUGCGGAGCUGAUACCAACUAAAGUCUUUGACCUACCUGGUUACAGUGUGAAAAAUAAUGACAAUCAAUCGAAUUUAAAAACAUCCAUUGACACAGUACUAAGAUAUUUUUGUCUUGAUUUGUGACAUAUUUUCCAAGUAAAUGAAUCGAAUGUG